AUUUUCCUUCUUCAAACUGGGAAUAUAGGAAAAUUAAGGGUGCUUUUAUAAGGUACUGUAAAGGGUUCGUAUGCUUGUGCUGAAUUAAUCUUUUUGUGGAAUUGUAAAUUUCGGGCGAGUACAAGGAUGAUGGUUGAUUCAAGCGCAACAACAAAACAGGUUCCCAUCGUUAAUAUGAUAUCUGACAAAGGUGGUGAUGGCGGAUAUGUUAGUGCAGGUUGGAAAAGUGAAGAUGGAAAAUUAAGCUAUGGCUAUUCAAGUUUUAAGGGAAAGAGAUCAACAAUGGAAGAUUUCCACGAUAUUAAAACUUCCAAGAUUAAUGGGAAGACGGUCUGCAUGUUCGGAAUAUUUGAUGGGCAUGGCGGUUCUCAUGCUGCUGAGUAUUUGAAGCAACAUCUUUUUGAGAAUCUAAUGAAGCAUCCAAAGUUCAUGAGUGACACCAAACUUGCCAUAAGUGAAACAUAUCCACAGACUGAUGUAGAUUUCUUGGAUUCUCAAAGAGAUAUUUAUCGAGAUGAUGGUUCAACUGCUUCAACAGCAGUGUUGGUUGGCAACCAUCUAUAUGUUGCCAAUGUUGGAGACUCGAGGACUAUAAUAUCCAAGGCUGGAGAAGCUAUCCCUCUCUCGGAUGAUCAUAAACCUAAUAGAAGUGAUGAACGGAAGAGAAUUGAAAAUGCUGGUGGGGUUGUUAUGUGGGCAGGAACUUGGAGGGUAGGAGGUGUAUUAGCCAUGUCUCGAGCUUUUGGAGAUCGCAUGUUGAAGCAAUUUGUUGUUGCAGAACCCGAAAUUCAGUAUAAAGAGAUAGAUGAAGAGUUUGAGUUGCUUGUGCUUGCUAGCGAUGGUUUAUGGGAUGUAGUGCCUAAUGAGGACGCAGUUUUGCUAGCCGGGGCAGAAGAAGAACCCGAGACAGCUGCCAGAAAGUUGACAGAAACGGCUUUCACACGCGGGAGCGCGGACAAUAUAACAUGCAUCGUGGUUAGAUUUCACCACGACAAGGCAGUUCCAGUUAAUCUCAAACAUGGGUAAAGGUCCCUUAUACAUAUGGUUUGCA